GAGCGCGUGACUUAAUAUUCUCAGCCAUGAUUGCAAUCGAGAAGCACUCCAAUCUAACAGGUCAUUCUGCUCAGCAAUCUGCUAUAGUAAAAUUGGAUCAGACGAGAUCCUCCUUGAUUUUACACCACCAACUAUCGUCCCUUCUGUGAGCAUUCCUUGUCACAUCAGAAGUUGCCGCCUAGUACUUGACUGGUACCGACGACCCAUAAUUCUAUCACAAGAUGAGCGAUUCCAAGCCAGAUCCAUCUCAGAAUGUCAAGGAAAACAAGAUCCAGCAACUUAAACAUUACUCCGGCCAUGCCGAAUGGGAAAAGAGCCUUUUGAAUCAUUUACGUUCACUCGGACCAAAGCAUGAAGGAUUGCUCAAAGGCACUUUCAAAGAGCCAAAAAAGCCCGAUCCGAUCGAGAUUCCUGAAAGUUUCCUGGACGAAUUCCCUCCAACUGACAGCAAACAUAGAGAUGAAUUCAAUGAAAGGUAUUUGGGUCUCGCUCCAACAGUGGAACAAUUCACUGAAGAUUGGCAUGGGUAUCUUGAUGCAUUCAAUGAAAAGUAUUGGUCUUUCUUUGCAACGGUACAUCGAUACGAAAAAGAAUGGAAUCGAUACCUCGAUGAACGUCUCGAUUGGGAGAUCAUCAAUGUUGAAGUUUCUCUCAUCAUCAAUUCAUCCUUGAGCUUGUCAUAUUCGGCAAUCUUUAGCGAUGAACAAGAUGCCUAUAGAAAAUUUUGUCGAAUUAGCGAACACAGCAACGAAGUAAUGACUCAAGAGUACAUUUCCGAGGUAAAAACGUAUCUUGAAGACGAGAUCUUUUCAAAAGUGCUCGCAAAGCCAUUCAAAGGUACCUCAACUUGAGCUAUAGAGAUACUUCAUGGCUUAGUGUAGAAGAGGCCAAAAAAUAACGUUUUCAUUCUCAUGUACAUGUA